CAUUGCUGCUGACAAGCUCGAUUAAGCAGCACGCGAACUCGAACGGGACCCUCUCCCCCCAGCUUUCCUCCCUUCCUCUUCGCUACCCUCCCUCCCAAGACCUUAUCCUUUUCCUGACAUCCCAUCCGCCUCAAAAAUCCGAAAGGAUCUUUUUGCGCCGCGUGUCACAAUUCCAUCAGUCUUCUCUUCAAUAUUUUCGGUGGUCCAAAAAAAAGAAUUUCUAGUUUCAUCCAUUCUUCAAUUUCGCACUCAAGAUCUUUGGAUCUUAAGUGUACUCUUUCUUUUAUUAUAAUCUAAUCUUCCUUUUUCUAGUGAAGUUCGCAUAACCCGCAGUCUUUUUUUAAGUACCUUUUUAAUUCCGGUCACGCUUAUCGUUGGCCGUUUGUCGCUACUCCAAUCAAUACGAGCCUUCAGCCCAGACGUCGAACUCGGUCGCGUUUUUUCCCCCAAGAACAUAAAAAAAUUCUUCAAAAUGUCGUACAGACACCUGCCUCAGAAACAUAACCCUCUUAUGACCGAGGAUAUACCUCCUUAUCAUGAGCUUGUCUCGCGCCGACGCUUGGGCCAGACCCAAUUGACCGCGAAGAUGGUUGCGGCAGGAACUGUAGGGGAUGUUGAUCCCGCGAGCUUAGGCGUCUUCGAUUAUGCGCACCUACGAGCUCCUUUGCCUAAGGGCAUCACUUCGGGUAUCUUCAAGUCGUCUCCGAACUCGUACUUCCUCAUGCGUCGCAGUCAAGAUGGAUUCGUCUCCGCGACUGGUAUGUUCAAGGCAACCUUUCCUUAUGCCGAUGCGCAUGAAGAGGAACUAGAGCGAAGAUAUAUCAAGUCGUUGCCGACCACGAGCCAUGAAGAGACAGCUGGAAAUGUUUGGAUCCCACCUGAGCAAGCGUUGGCUCUUGCCGAAGAAUAUCGGGUUACUCCUUGGAUCUGCGCUCUUUUGGACCCGGCCGAUAUCGCUAUUACAAACCCGCCAGACAGCCCUCCUAAGCGAAUCGCCGCGCCGCCGAAAUUUGAGGCCGCUCUGCCAACCCAGCCUGUUCUUGCGCCGCCGACUCCGUCAUCACUCCCUCGUAGCACGCGAGGUCGUCGAUCAGCCAGCCCUACGAAGAAGCGAGCUAUUGCCUCUCCGCGAAAACGAUCAACCAAAGCUUCUACUGCUGCCGCACCUCAGUCGUCUCCCGCCGAGGUCCUUCCUGUAAAGGAGGAGGCUGAACCCCUUACAAACGGUGCUAAGACGGAUGAUGAUACCGCAUCCACUGCUGCUACCGAAGAUGUAUCCAUCAGGACUGUUGAUAAGGAGCCUACUGUUGUCUUUGCGCCGGCCGAGGAGGAACCUAAGGUACAAGUCAAGGUUGGCCAGGAGGUUGAAUUCCACGGUGGUGUUGAAACGACGCAGACUGCUGUUGAACUAGAACUUCCUCUUAGUGGGGAGCCCAGUGCUGAAGAAGCCGCCCGAAUGGUAGAAGAGGCGAAAGAGAUGGUGAGAAUCGCCGCAGCAGAAACCGCCGCGUCGUCAUCUGGCUCGAGCAAGAAGGGCAAGCGAAAGGCCGACGAAAUUGCUGUGGAUGAAGACGAGGAAGGGGAAAAGACUGACGAAGUUCCGGAAGAACCCAGAGCCAAGAAGGUCAAGACAGAAGUACAAAAGAGAAAGGAACGUGUUCGAACCCGGGCGUUAAUGGGUCUCAGUGCGACCCUCGCAGUCGGUGCUCUCAUCCCGUAUGUUAUGGGCGUAUUUUAGGAUGAUAUAUCCUUCUUUCUCAUCCUUGAGUCUUGAUUAUUAAACCAACUACCAUCCCAUAACGCUUCCCCCUUUAUCAUAAUGAGCCCGGACGGUUUUGCUGGGUUUUGUAUUCGCUGGUGAAGCUAGGUUCCUCGUCUGUCUGUUGAUUUUGCACAUACCCCCACAGUUGAUCAGAGUCGGCUGUUCUGAUUCUGAUUUCCCUUAAGCUAUAUGAAAUGGCUCAUGUAUACAUCCGACCCAUCCACCCCCUGUUAGCAAACCUCUCCUGAUAAUGGAGAAGUUGCUUUGCUCUACAAGUACCAAAAACUUCAUAAUGAAAAGAGAAAAUUCAUUCGUUAAUUCAUGCUAGUGACCUUUAUAGAGUUAAAUGAUUACAUGAUUGUAUGAUCAGAAGUACGAUGGACUACAAUAAAACGGAAUUGAUUUAG